AAGGGAAUAGAGGGGGGCACACGCCUGCGCACUUAGUUGAAGGGAGGGGCGUUCCUGUCUACAGAGCUCGACAUUUGUGGGGGCUGUCGUGACGUUUUCGAACGGUGUCCUUUCGCGUCAGUGCGCGUGCCCAGAGGCGGCCGCGCCGCAGCUCCGCUCGCCUUUCCUGUGGGAGAGUUAUGAGAAGACAGUGUAAUGGAAGACUUCAGAUGUAUUACGGAUGAGACGUUUCCAAGUGUUUUGGCCAACCCGCUAGCUAGUCACACAAGUGACAUUUUGGAUAAUGUCACAAUUUCAUCAAAUCUUGGUUUACCAGUAGCUGCUUCAACUGAAGCCAGGCGGAAAACUAGCUCUUAUCACGGACAGUGUGAUCAAGCUUCUUACGUGGAAAGGAGACUCUCUACUCCGUUAGCAUCUUCCUGUACUGGUGAAUCUGAUUCUGAUCCAAGAAGAAAUCUCAUACUUACCUUUCAGGAUACUGUAGAAAACUGUAAUAAAUCUUCAGAAAAUAACUUGAUGUCAAACCAGAAUGUUUUGCAGAGGAGACAAAACCAACAUUGCACUGAUGAAUGCUCUGGUAACAGUGGGGCUUCUUUGCAUGAGAAGCUUUCACUUGAACACUUGGAAGAUUUGACGGCUAGAAUAUUUGUUUCAUUGGAAAAAGACAGCGAAGACUACAAGGCUGCUGCGUUAGAACCUGGUCAGAAGAGGAUAACAAACGAAAUAAAUGACAAUGCUAUGUGUGGCUUUUCCAGAUUUAUAGAAAAUGAAAAAUUACUGAGCUUUGCAAGCUUAGAAGGGCAUUCUACAGGUGAUGAUACUGGAGAUGAAGAGUUCUGUGAUGACCAGUUGGAGGCCUAUUUUGAGCAGCUGGUGCUACCUGAAAUGCAAAUGGAAUAUAUUGAAGAACAUGAACUGGGAGAAUAUAUUAACAGUAUGGAAUUGCCUGCAGAUCAGGGAAAAUUCCAGAUACCUGAUGUUUGCCAAGCAGAAAGAACUGAUUCUCCCACUGGUAAUGAAGAAUUGUAUGGUUUUAAGGAAGCAGGGCUCAAUGAAAAAGAUGAAGCAUUCAUUCUGCCAGUGACAGUGACACAAGAGGUAGAUGAGUACAGCGAAUCUAGUCCUAGGUUUGGACACGAUAGUUCUGAAAAGUUUCCUGUUGAAAUGGUAGGUUACAGAGUGGACGUACACAGUAGAACAACAGAUGCUCAACGUACUUGUUCAGGUGCCUUAGGUUGUCAUGACUGUGGUAGGGAAGAUGGAAUGCCUGUAAAGAUGAAUACAGGCAGUGGUAGCAGAAAUGACGCCAGGAACAUAACCAACUCUGAAAUAAAGCUAGACUCACUCUACUUUAAAUGUAUCAAUGACAGUAAUGCUUCUUCUGAGAUCUGGCGCACAGAACAGCAACCCCAGUUUUCUGAUGUGUGUCAUCUUGCUAAUGAAAAUCAUGGUCCUUUGGCUCAUGCAUACCUGUCUCCAGCUGCUUUUAAAGAAUCUGAGCAAUAUCGAUGUAUAGCAGAAGAGGACCCACCACAUGAUAUUGUAUAUCAAAAUGAAGAGGGUAGAUGGGUGACAGAUCUUGCAUACUACACUUCAUUUAAUAAAGAACAAGAUGUCAGUCUUACAAACUUAAGUGGAGAUUUCAUAACUGGAUCUGAAGCUAUUGCUAUGAUUGCCCAAGAUCAAGAAGAUUUUGAAAGAGAACACAGAUUUAUGCAGGAAGAGAUAAUGGAACCACAAAAUGUCUCUGGAUUAGGAGAUUCUUCCUGGAAAUUAGUUAAUAACUACAACCUGCUAAGAGCUUCGCAAACUGACUUCAACAAAGAUGCCAGCUACCUGCGGCUCUCUUUGGGAGAGUUCUUUGGUCAGAGAUCUGAGGCUCUUGGUUGUCUUGGAGGAGGAGGUGAUGUGAAAAGGCCAUCCUUUGGUUAUCACAUUACGUCACCGGAAAAGAGACACCCUAUACCUUUGUGGAGGCAGUCUGAUGUAUCUAGAGCAAACUCAGAUGAACAGAAUAUUCAGACUUUGGUCCUUGAAGGGGAUGCAGAAGAAAACAUUAAAGAAGAAUCUCACAUUGCAUCUACUACAUUUACUCUUGGUGAGAUGGGCACAAAAAACAGAGAGAAUGGAAGUGAGAAACUUGAAGACAGAAAAGUUCAGUGCAAGCACCCUGAGCUAGAGCCUUCUAUGCUGAGUAUAAGCACAAUUGCAUCUGCUAUUGCAAAUGCUUCUGUUAGUGCUGAACCUUCACAGCUAGCUGCUUUGAUGAUGAAACUCUCAAAUAAAAAUAGAGAAGGAACUAACAUUCCUAAAGAUGGCAACCCCACAGACCUUUCUGUCAUCGGUCAGCUGUUUUUCAGCAAUGUAGAAGAUAGCACAUUUGAUAUAGAGAAAUACCUCAGAAGAACUGAUGAAGGUGAAAGUGACAAUAAACCUGAAAGCAUAAUUAAAAAUGAAGCAACUGUCACCAAGUUGUAUAAUUAUUUGUACGAGCAGAAAUGUGUAACUCCUUGUGGAGAAGAGAAGCAUAAUCUGGAACGAACACAUGAGGAAAACUGUUACAGAGAUUCACUUUGUAAAACGAGUUCUGAGAAAAAGGAAAUGGGAUAUUUAGAAGCAUCACUUAAAAUAGGCGAAGAUUCUUCAUCAAAAACCUUGACUUCUUCUGUACCAGAUUCAAAAGAGAGACCAUCAGAAACUGCAAAAAUAUCUUUGGAGAAUAGUGUAACAACACUUCCCACUUACUCUGAAUCAGAAGGGAGAACAAGCAAGAGUAUUCUGCCAUUCAAUUUAAAAUCUGUUCCAGUAUUGGUUUCUCCUCUUCCUUUAUGCCUGAAUGAGGAAAAAAAUACACACAAAAUCAAAUACCAGGAGAAACAAAGUGGGAAAAUCCUGGAAGGGAAUGCUACAUGCAACAAUGAAAAAGAUGUGGCUUUUGAAAAUAUGUCUAAUGAUAACCAGAAAAUAAUUGGUAAAGCUGUUGUAGUAAUUGAACAGAAACUUGCAACUCCUAUGCCUGGUAUGCAGGUUUCAGAUGAUGAACAACAGAGUUUCAGACCUUCAACAUCUCCUCUUAUUCAUUCAUCUCCAAGCGACGCUUCUGGAACUGUUCUUUCAGGAGCUGAUGUUGACUGUCCUGGCACAACUCCAAAUUCUAAAGAUUCAUCUUGUAAUGACAAUAGAUUAUCUCAGAUGGUAUGUUCUGAUCCUAGCUUGGAACAAUUGACCUUUGUCUCUGCCACUGAAAAAACCCUUAAGAAUUUAGCUCUGUCUAGUCCAGAGAGAUGCCGGAAUAAUCGUGCAAGUGGAUGGGAUACAACAAUAGUUUGGACCAGCCCAACGUCAUUAUUGGAACAGGAAUCUAGAAAAAACAUUGAUUUACAAAAUAACAAACAUCCAUCAUUAAGUACUAGCACAAGAAACCAUACUAAGAUGGUAGAAGUAAAUGAAUCUGCAGAUCCUUCUAGCCUGCUGAAGGACCUAAAAUCAGCUGGAGAACAUCCACUGAGGAGCAAAGAUCAGUUUGUACAGAAAUGUCCGAACAGUAAUGAACUGGGUCAGGUUGAUAUACCUGUAACUCAGCAUGGGUGUACAACUACAGCACAUGGGCUAGGCUCCACCUGUCAAAAAAAUGUGCCUGCUUAUAAAGGUUUAGGUGGCUGUAUUUCAUUAAAUCACAAUAGAGUAAAUUUUGAAUCUCAUGGUGCUGCUUCAGAAAUUCCAGCAAUAUCUUCUGGAGUUCCAACACUGCUAACAGGUUGUUCCCUUAGAAAAACUCCAUUUGCUGAACAAUAUAUGAGAAGAUUGGCAUCUCACACAAAUGUUGCUUUGUCUCAGUAUCAUGUUGGGUGCCCACCAGUUUUUGGUGUUCCUGCAGGACUGAUAUAUUCUGCCAUGCCUGUGGGUCACAUUCAAAGCUCACUUACUGGAUCUGGUGUGUUGGGUGCAGCUCCACAUUGCAACUUUACAUCCAACCAGAAUGUAUUUAGCUGUACACCAUGCACAGGGCAAGCAACUGAUGCUGGUGGACCUAGACAGUGGGAAGAAUCUGUGCCAUUUGCACUUGAGCAUGUAAAAGUCCCAGAAGAAGUAACAUUCCCUCAUGCUUGUUGUGUGGGACUGACAUCGCACACAGUCCUUAGUAUUCUUAAUCCAUCUGAACGGUGGCUACAGGUCAGCAUUGGCCUCCUUAGUAUUAUGCUUGAUGGUGAAAAAAUGGAACCUCUGAAACACAGAUGCCUCCUGUUUAAGAACAAAGCUGUCAUAGGACCUUGUACUACAGAAGAACUAAAAAUGCUGUUUUUACCCUGUCAAGCAGGAGUCUUCCAGUGUGUACUGAAUAUUGCUUCUUGGCCAUUUUCUGCAGAUGCAGAUACAAUAGUCCAGGCACAGGCUUUAGCAGCUAGAGUGAUUGUGAAUGCAGUUGCUGAAAAUCCUGAUAUUGAGGUGGAAGCAGGAAAGACAAACCAUCUUGACUUUGGUGAUAUGCCUUCUGGUAGCUGGAAAGCUCUCCCACUGAAACUGAGCAACAAGAGUCGUGCUAGAGUGCCGGUCAGGCUUGUUAUUCAUGCAGAUGCUGUAGCGUGGCGCUGUUUCACAUUUUCCAAGGAACCAGUUAACUCUUCUGUUAGCAUACUUGGUACUUGCACCAUCUCCCAGCUAGCAGCUCCGUCAGUGAUAUCCCAUGUAAUGAAUGCACGAUGUGAUGGGCAAGAUCCUGAAGUUCUAGUAGUUUGGGUUCAGUUCCAUGCACCAAGCAAAUGCAUCUCUUCAGAUUCUUUGGGCCCUGCAGAUGAGUACUUCGCAAGAAUUGAUGUGGAGAUUGAUUGUCCAGAACCUGCUAAUAUAUUAAAAAGUAUACCUCUGCAUGCAAGAUCUGGGACUCCUAGGAUAUAUGCCCCAAAGGGCCUGCAGACUUUAUAUAUGUCUGCAAGGAUGGGAUUAUCAACAAGGCAGCUGUUGCCAUUAAAGAACGCUGGGAACAUUAAAGUUGAUUUGAAAAUCAUGGCACUAGAGCCAGACAGUGGCAUUUCUGUCAAGCCAGAGGAUCUGGUUCUUAUACCUGGGGAAGAACAAGAAGUGACAGUUGUGUUUUCUCCAAAAGACUUCCUAAAUGCUGAAAGUGUUGUAAAAAUCUUGGUAUUGCCGUCUGGGCCAGAGUAUAAAGUGACUGUGAAAGGUGAAGUGGCUGCAGUGGAGAGCAAACCUUCAGUACAAAAAUGCCCCAGUUCAGAAGUUCCUCCCAUCCUUGCCAACAAGCAGCUUCUGGCAUGGGGGGGUGUACAGCUUGGCAGAACAGUCCAGCAGAAACUAAUUCUCAGAAAUGACUCUCCAUCUACUACUCAGCAAUUACGAUUGCUGAUAAGAGGUCAAGAUCAGGACUGUUUUCAGUUGAAACUUGGAGAAUAUAUGUACAAUAAUUGUGAAAUCAAGAUCCGUCCCAAACGUGAUUAUAAUGUGUAUCUAACAUUUACACCAUCUCGAUUAGCUUGCAUGUUUGCAAAGCUUGAAAUGAAACAGCUUGGUCUUCUGUCUCAACUAGGAAUCAAGUUCACUAUACCGUUGUAUGGAUAUGGAGGAAAAAGCAAUCUGAGAUUAGAAGAUAUUAAAAAACACUGUAAUAGAUACAUAGUGGGACUGUAUGAGUUAUCACCUGGUAAAACAAGCCAGGCUUCUUUUUCUGUACAAAAUACAGGGUGCCGGGCUGCAUAUGUGAAAGCAUUGUGUUUUAAGAACUUAAGUGAAAGAAUUCUUACGGAUCCAAAUGUGAUGAGGGUUUCUCCAGCAAUGUUUGUCCUUCAGGAAAGUUCACAGCAGAAAAUUACAGUAACGUGCAAUUCCACUGAAGAACAAAGUAAUUCAUCAGUGUUGUCUACAAUUUGUUUCAUCUAUGGAGAUGAAAUUUUAAGACAGCAGUAUCGCAGAGCUAUACAGCAAAAUCCAGAGCAAAUGCAAACAAUACUUCCUGCUAAUAAUCCUGUGAUAAACAUAAAGUUUGAUGAAGAAUUCCCCGGGGAAGAGCUGGUGACUGAAGUAUAUGAUCUUCCACAACAAUCAUUUGAUAGCCAGUAUUUUUUCAUAAACAUGCGAAGGAUUAUUGUUUCUGCAGUUAAUGCCUUCACUAAUACUGCUUUCAGUAUCAAGCCAUCUUCAGUAGAGAGAUGUAGUUCUAAGAAAUCUAGCAUGACUCUUGAUGUACUACCUGUUAAAGGACCUCAUGGCUGUGCAUUGUCCUCAAAUACCAAUAGCCGUGAUGAAAAUAAUGCUCGGGAGACCUGGACUCUUCAGCCUGAAUUUCUAAUUCUCACUGCUCCUUCUCAAAGUGGAACAACUGUUACUAGACAUACACAAAUAACUAACAACUCAAACAGGUCAUUGACAUUUGAGCUGUCGUGGCCUGCUCACUGUCUUACAAUAACACCUCAACAUGGAACUAUUGAACCAGGAAGCAGCAUUUCAAUUCACGUGAGUCCAAAUCCAUCACUUGCAGAAAAUAAAUUCAUAUUUCCAUGGAGUGGCCUUGUUUAUGUACAUUGUGAUAGUGGACAAAAACUUGUUAGAGUCCAAAUUCGGGAAAAUAUCUCUGAGAAACAAUCUGAAAAAGUCUCACCGGUUGUCAAAGUGGGUGUCCAUCAUCAACAGCCUGAGCUUCCUGUUAUUCACAUAAGGCCACUUCAAAAGCCACCUUCAACAAAACUUGAAGUAAAGAAUCGGACUGUGUUUUUUCCUGAAACAAGGUCUGGGGAAAUUUCAGAGAAAUAUCUAGAGAUUGAAAAUAAUGGAGAUGAAAAUGUGAAGUGGCUAUUGUCAUCUUUUGCACCACCUUAUGUCAAGGACAUAGAUGAAAGGGGAGAGGUUUACAGGGCCACAUACACAGCUUUCCGAUGUUCAUGUCUCUCUGGUACUCUUGAAGCUUGUGGGGGGGAAAAGGUUGUAGUCACCUUUUUACCUAGAGACAGAGGACACUAUUCUCAGUUCUGGGAUCUUGAGUGUUACCCACUUCAUGAACCUCACCUGAAACACAAACACAGACUUCAGUUCUGUGGAGUGGGUAUCUUAGGGAAUGAAGAUUUUAAAAACGAAGCUUCCACAACAGCUUUAGUAAAACUCAGUGUCCAAGAUGUGUCCUUAAGAAGAGAUUACACUGAUGCCUUUGAUCACAAAAUUUGGAAAGGGGUACAUGCCCAAGAAGACAUUUAUAACUUUCCUCCAACUAGAAUUGGUGAAUCCAGCACAUUGAAAAUCAGCAUGAGGAAUUAUUCUAAUGCCUCAAACAAGCUGAAUUUCAGAAGUCUCAGAGAGCCUUUUUACAUCAAGCAUUCCCAUUAUACUUUGAGAUGUCACCACUACUGUAACUUACCAGUACAGUUCAAACCAAUAUUGCCGGGCACUUUCAAAGGCUUGUUGGUUGUAGAGACAGACAAAAGUGGUACUCUUACCAUUCAGCUCAUCGGUGAAGGUUUGGCAGAACAGUAGUUUAAAGAGCUACUGUUUAUAAUAUGUGAUAAAUUCACAACUGAAUUAUUGAAUGACAAGUUCUUUUUUUGUACACCAACUAUUUUGUAGGAAAUGGAGGUCCUUGUCAUUAUAAAUAAAGUAAUUUUGUAUGUUAUCAUGCAACUUUCACUACUGCACUUUGGCUGUUGGAAGCAGCGUUGUGUCUUAUUUUUGUAUUGAUUAUGAUGCCCUGUUUUAAUUUUGUUUUUUCAAAUAAAGUUUUUCCCUAAA